AUGCAGGAGCGGAUGCGCUUGACCAAGCUGAGCCCGUCUGCUUGGAUUCCUCGCUUGGAGCGGAUCUUGUCCUCCAGGCAAAUGAACGAGUUCGAGAAGGAGGUAGUGAUCCUCUUGGUGGGCCUCAUCCUGUUACCCCAUCGCUUCCUACAGCGUGGUGCUGGGAUGUAUCACUGCCGUGGCGAGCCCAUCGAUGUGGCUACGGUGCUGGCGCUGCUGUCGCCGGACCUAGCGAGUCAAAUCGCCAACCGGAAGUCCUUCUACAAGGACUCGGUCCUCGUGAGGGAUCACAUCAUCCACGUGAGCACGAAAGGAGUGCAUGGAGACCUCUCGUCUUGUCCUGUGGAGAUCGAUCGGCGCAUGGUGGACUUCAUUGUCGGCUUGGACAGCGAGGUUCAUCAGCUGGUGGAUGGAAGUCACUUGUAUCUACCACAGACAAAGAUGGAGUCUGUGGUCCUGCCAGAAGAGACCAAGACAUUGAUUACCAAAACGGUUCAAAGCUUGUCUCUCUUCAAGAAAAGCAAGCAGCAGUUCAAACUGGAUGAAACCAUCAGCUCCAGUGGAUUGGUGAUGCUCUUUUACGGCGACUCAGGGACAGGGAAAACCAUGACGGCGAAUGCCAUUGCGAACCUCCUUGGAAAGAAGCUGCUGCUCAUCAAUUUUCCUUCUCUUGGUGGGGAGCAGGCCGCCGGCUUCAUCCGGAUGAUCUUCCGGGAGUCGAAGAUCAAUGACGCCGUCUUGUUCUUCGACGAGUGUGAAUCCAUCUUUGAGUCUCGGGAUAAAUCCAACCAGAGGGAUGUGAACAUGCUCCUGACUGAGUUAGAGCGGCAUGACGGCAUGAUCAUCUUGGCCACGAAUCGGCCCUUCGACCUGGACGAGGCGAUGCAUCGCCGGAUCACCUUGGCCAUCGAGUUCCAAAAACCGGACCACGUGUUGCGCAAGCACAUUUGGAGCUCCCUGAUUCCAGCGGCUUUGCCCCUGUCCGGCGACGUGGACCUGAGCGCCUUGGCCAUGCGCUACGAGCUGUCGGGGGGCUUCAUCAAGAAUGCAAUAUUGACAGCCUUGAGCAUAGCGUGUUCCCGAGCGCAAGAAACCAACCAAUCGGGUAAGCCUGACAUUUGCAUCACACAGGACGAUCUGGCACGGGGUGCCCAGCUGCAGCUGCGAGGCCGCUUGGCCAUGCGCAGCUUCGAGCGGCGCAUUGUGCCGCGGAGCGGGUUGGAAGUCUUGGUUUGCGGGCAAUCCUUGCGAAAGAAGCUGCAGGAGGUCAUUGACUUUGAAAAGUCCAAGACCGUUCUCUAUGGCCAGUGGGGCUUCGGUGGUCGCACGGCCUUCAGCGGUGGCCAACCCGAGAUCGGCUCCUGCGUUCUCUUCUACGGUCCACCGGGCACUGGAAAGUCCUUAGCAGCACAGGCCAUCGGCUUCGAAGUGGGUCGUGCCUUGAAAGUUGUCAACUCGGCCAACAUCGUGGACAAGUACGUGGGAGAAACUGGGAAGAACAUCGAAAAGGUCUUCGCGGAGGCGCGGUCUAUGGAGGCCAUUUUGGUCUUCGAUGAGGCCGAAGGCCUCUUUGGCCGGCGGAACGCGGAGGCGGCCAGCAGCGUCGACAAGCAUUCCAACUUGGAUUCAGGGCUCCUGCUCUACUGGUUGGAGCAUUAUCCAGGCCUAUGCAUUCUUACGACCAAUGCUCGAGAUGCUAUUGAUUCUGCCUUCUUCCGACGCUUCCGCUUCAUGGUGGAGUUCCCGCCGCCGGACCGGGCGACGCGCGCCCAGCUGUGGGACGCGUCGCUGCCGAAGCUGGCGCCGCGGAGCUCCGACGUGGACGUGCAGUCCUUGGCCUCGGAGCGGGCUCGAUCGGCCGGGGGGGGGACGAGAGGAAGGCGAAGCAGGUUGGAAGAACAGAGGAAUUGGAUCACUUGGAUCUAG